UGACAUGUAAAACAAAAAAAAAUAUAGGCUGUUUUCUUUCGCUAUUUGAAUCAUGAAUGUAAUUUAAUUUUCUAAUUUGAAAUUUCUCAUUGUGCCAAUGAAAUAUUUGCGUGAAUUUUAAAGUACCCUUUUACCUUUAAUCUAAAAUACUCUAGCAAUGCAUUCCCAAGUAGAAACUGUUAAAUCUGCUGUAGAUAAGUGUUUACAGGUUAUAAAAACUUAUGAAUGGCUUCUGGAUCUGUAUGUUUUGGAUUUCUUUGUGGAUAACCACUGGGAAAAACUACCAGCAUUAUGGCAAAAGAGCUUGGAAAAUGUAGACCCAAAAGAAUUGGGGGACAUACUCUCUGGAAACCAAACCAAACACAUGCUACCCCUCUCACUUUUGGCCCUCUUCAAGACUAUUGGCAGUUUAAGUAUACCUAGAAAAGGCUAUAACGGCGUAAGAAAUAAUCAGGCUGUAGAAAAAUAUAGCUGCAGCCAUCUGAAACUUAAAAAUAUAUUUCUUAAACAUGUCAAGUUAAAAAAAAGACAUGAGAUUAGUAUGAUGGCUGAUUUUGUGAAUUUAAAUGCAAAGCUAAGUAAAUGUGAGGCAGUGGUAGACUUUGGCUCCGGCUUGGGACACCUGAUCAGGAUAUUGUCAUAUAAAUACGGCUUGCAUUCAGUGGGUAUAGAAAUGCAGACUCAGUUGACAUUGGAAGCUAGGAAACUUGACUCAGAAUUAGAAUACACAGCCAAAAAAUACCUCACAGAGGAGCAGAUGUCCAAGUUACAUAGACCCAUACAUUGUAAUGUAACUCUGUCAUCCAUAGAUCAACUACAAGAACUAUCUUUAUCAACUAGUGUGACAAACUAUGGUCUGAUUGGUUUGCAUCCAUGUGGAGAUUUAGGCCCAUUGUUGAUCAAACAUUUUGUCAAUUGUGAUAAGGUAAAGUUCAUAUGCAUAGUGGGAUGUUGCUUCAUGAAGUUGUCAUAUAACACAGAGGCGUGUGGUUAUCCUAUGAGCCAGUAUGUGAAAGGAUUAGACAGUGGUUUAUCAUAUACUAGCAGAGAGAUCGCCUGCCACGCUAUAGACACUUACUGCGAGAGACUGUGCAGAGGAGAAUAUAAGGAUCUGAAGGUCCACGCCUACAGAGCAGCCCUCGAAAAAUUACUGAUGCAAAUAGAUCCAUCAUUAAAGCAUAUGCCCAUCAGAAGCGUAAAACACACCAAUAAUAUGACUUUUAAUAGUUACUGUGACGCUGCCCUGAACAGAAUAUCAAUGAAGCCAUUACAGCAUGCCGCCGUGGCACAAGACUUGGUGCACUGGAAGCGCGUUGUGAUCCUCUACACAUUACGGCUCGCUCUGGCGCCAUUGGUUGAGACAGUUAUACUUUUGGAUCGCAUACUCUACAUGUUGGAAAACGGUAUAUCCUGCGCGAUUUAUCCAGUGUUCGAUCCGAAGAUAUCGCCGCGAAAUCACAUAAUAGUGGGAAGAAAAUUGUAGUUUUGUAGCUACGCUGAGUUUCUAUUUUAGAGAUAAGCUAACCGUUGUGCACGUCCAUUUUGUUUUAUAAAUAUUUAAAUUUUAUCUGAAAAAAUGUUAUCAUAAUAUUUUCAUGCCAGAAAUGGACAUACAGUGGACUCAUAAAUAUAGACUCUCUGUACCACCUUCUGUACCUGUACUAAAUGCAAAUGCAAAUACAGGAUAUGAUUAUGAUUAAUAAAAUUAUGUAAAAAUAUGAACUGUUAUGGUGUACUUUAUUAUUUAUCUCGCCUUAACUAUGGUUUAACUUAAACAGAUUUGUGACAAAUAACAGAUAAGUAGGUAGAGGUAGCGUACCUUAUUGUAAUAGUAUAAUCAAUUUUUCCCUAACUGACAAGGUAACUGACGCUGAAAUGGGUAAGAGGCGCACUAUACGCGGUUCAUACGACCUUGUUACCGCGAACUGAUAAUGAAAUCAUGUUACAUGU